GAAAACUUUGGUGAUCCGGCGAAGGGAGUCGUACAGACUUGUAAGUCUGUGUCUGUGCUGCGCUUAUAUAACACGCAACUCCCCCCAAGUUAGAUUCCUAUUCACAGCAUCUCGUUACCCAAAUCGAAGAUGAAUAUUCUUAACGCAACCAUCAUUGCCAUGUUCGCUGCAAGUGUAUCAGCAAGCGAAUCAUGUCCAUAUCUUCCAGCUAUCCUACUAGCUUGCUGUCCCAAAGGGUUGUUAGGCAUCUUCAGCGAGUCUCAAGCAGCGUUUGCCUGUGCUUUUUUCGGCAGCGGCGGUUCAUGUUUAUUUCAAUAUGUAGAAUGCUGCACUGAUAUGAAUGCAACAGCCUGUGCUGGGCUGGUUGGAGUUACAACCUCGUCGGCAGCACCUACCUCGACCCCUGUCCCCCUUCCAAGACGAUAUUUGCAAUCUUAGUACAAAGAAGUGUCUAGCUACACGCGAGCAGAUGGGAUAUUGAAGGCGGGAGAGAAUGGCAUAUAUGAUUCUAGCUUGCAGAGUGUACAUUUGUUAGUUUGUGGCUUAGUCUACGACAAUUUUGCAAUCUCAUCUGGCUCCAUUCACU